AUGUCUCCAUAUUCCCUUCUUCAGAAAGCCGCCCUCGGGCUGUCAAUGCUCAGUGCGCUGAGCAACGCUGCACCAACACAGGGCUUCCGGCUGGAAGCUCGUGAUCUCUCCUUUGACUACAAUAGUCAAAAGGUUAGAGGUGUGAAUCUUGGUGGCUGGCUUGUAAGCGAACCUUGGAUCACGCCUUCACUGUACGAACGAGCCGGAGGUGGUGCUGUUGAUGAGUACACACUCUGUCAGACACUCGGAAAAGAUGCUGCUUUAUCCUUGUUGUCGGCGCAUUGGGCUUCGUGGAUCACCGCUGGCGACUUGAGCAGCAUUGCAGCUGCCGGCCUGAAUCACGUCCGAAUCCCAAUUGGAUACUGGUCGGUCGCGCCGCUUGAGGGUGACCCGUACGUGCAGGGCGCGCUAGAGUAUCUCGACCAGGCCAUUGGCUGGGCGGGAGGUGCAGGUCUCAAAGUUAUUAUUGACUUACAUGGAGGUCCGGGUUCCCAAAACGGGUUCGACAACUCUGGCCGUAGAGGAGCAGUGGGCUGGGGAGGGGGUGAUACCGUUGCCCAGACACUGAAUGCCGUACGAACCUUGGCAGAAAGAUACGCCAGCAACACCGGAGUUGUCACAUCGAUUGAACUUCUCAAUGAGCCUCUCCCUCCAGGUGUAAAUAUUGACACCCUGCGUCAGUUUUACAACGACGGGUUUGGUACUAUUCGGGCUGUCAAUGGUGAUACUGCGGUUACCCUGUCCGAUGCCUUCCAAGGACCUUCUGCUUGGAAUGGUUUUACACCCGGCAACAACAUUAUUAUCGACACUCACAUCUAUCAGGUCUUCGACAUCGGAUCACUCCAACAAACCCCAGAUGGCUUCUUUGGCACCGCUUGCAGCAAAGCUGGUCAGCUCCUCCAGGCUGACAAAUGGACCAUUGUAGGCGAAUGGUCCGGUGCCCUGACCGAUUGCGCCAAAUGGUUAAACGGAAAGGACAGGGGCGCUCGUUACGACGGAACAUUCGGUGGUUCACCAACCAUUGGUAGCUGUGCAGGAAAGUACAGCGGGAGUGUUGCUGCUCUUUCUAAUGACGACAAGUACAACAUUCGUCGAUACAUCGAGGCUCAGCUUGACGCAUACGAGGCCAGAACCGGAUGGGUCUACUGGACUUGGAAGACUGAAGGUGCGCCAGAAUGGGACAUGCAGCAGCAGCUGGCAGGUGGUCUCUUCCCUCAACCAUUGACCGAUCGUCAAUAUCCAAACCACAUGGCUCCAGAGGUACUCAAGAAACAGUGGGCACAGGUCAUCGAGAAGGUCGGCGGACCGGUUGACUACAAGGAAAUCGAUGUUGCGCAACCUGCUCCGGACGAGGUUCUGGUGGACAUCAAGUACUCUGGUUUGCCCUUGGUGGGCGGACAUGAAGGUGCUGGCAUUGUCGUUGCAAGAGGCGAGCUCGUCGAUGAUGACGUUUGCCAAAUCAGCGAGGCUGCUGACGAACCCUUAUGCCUGAAGCCCGCCCUGUCUGGCUACACCGUCGAUGGCACAUUCCAGCAAUACUGUAUUGGACAGAUCAAGGCGCCUCUCAAGACUGUUGAUCUCAAGGAACUAUCAAAGAUUUAUGAUUUGAUGAAAGAGGGCAAGAUUACGGGACGAUAUGUUGUCAAGAUGCCAGAAUAA